ACGUAACCAAUAAUUCCACCGUGCCUCGAGGUCUCUGUAGAGGGGCAUGUAUUUCAGACUAACCUUCCUGCCCUGCUGCUCCCUCCUUCUCUCUCUCUUCCUCUCACACUCCCUCUCUUCUCACUGUGAGAGGAGCUGGUUGCUCUAAAAGGGAAAUAGCUUCUCUCCUCUGACACAAGUGGUUCCAGGUGGGUUUCAGACUCAUUAACUCUCAUUUGGGUUUACAAAGAUAUAUUCCACCUGGAUCCUUUAAACUGGCAGCAAAAAGCUUUCGAUUCAUACCAUCCUUGAGGCUGAAAUAUGAGAUCAAAGAAAGUCCAAGGCACCGUACCAACUGAGAUUCAGAAGAGCUGCUAGAUGCUUUAAGAUCGCCACAUGUUGGAAUCAGGACGUGAGUCAACAACAACUGUACGUGUGAAUGAAUGAUAAUGGUAAAGGCACUUGUUCAAGCUUGCUUGAGGUUGCUGUGGAUUCUCACCUUGGCAAAGUGUAAGAUCCCAGAUGCCCACGUCACAUGCCUAUUCUCUGAAGACUGUGUGCUGCCCUGCAAUUUCAAACCCAGUGGGAAUGAGAUCAUCCGCUGGUACCUCCACGAAGUGCUCCUCCUCAGCCAAUCCCAGCAGGGUGGGGACCAGCCUCCCCAGGACCACCGUACCAGGACGUACCUGAUCCAGGACCAGCUCUCCCGGGGCAUCGCCUCGCUACACCUCAGACAGUGUGGCAUCAAGGACCGAGGCCGCUACAGGUGUCUGGUCAACAGCACUCUGGGACAACAGAAGUCCUUUGUCAUCAUGAAAGUGGAGGCUCCCAUCAAGAUGGUUACUAUGGAGAAGAGUAUGAACAGAGAGAUUCAGUGCCUGUCCAAGGACAUCUUUCCCGCUCCCCGUGUGCAGUGGUCCACUCUGCCCCCGAAAGACAACCUGAGACCCAUCACCCAUAUGGGACCCAACACUGAAGGCCUCUACUCCUUUCAGAGCACGCUGAGAAUGUUUGAAAAUACCCUCACCUACAUCUGCACCGUUAACUCCACAUAUGGAUCACAGUCAUGGAGGAGCUCACUGCAAGAAAGAGGGUUGAUUGGAGAGGCGGGGCAAGAGCUGUCCAUACCCUGCAUCGCUCCACAGAACCUCCAGAACUUCUCCCUCACCUGGACCUUCAGCAGAACCAAUGACCCCACGGUCAUCCUCAGCUACGACAGCCGAACCAGACGGACCUCCAACCUCUGGGUGGGCCGGGCUGGACUGAAGCUGGACCAGGUUUUGAUGGGAGAUGGAUCCCUCUUUCUUCACAAUCCAGAGAGUCGGGAACAAACAGGAACAUACACCUGUACAUUCACAGGCUUCCAGAGCAGACACGUGGUCCAAACCCAGGUCAACAUCAGGUCAAGAUCCCAGUUACCAGUGACAGAAAAGAUGCCAAAGACUACAGACCAGGCUGAGCGUACAGGGGAAAGUCACUUCCAAAUGUUGGUGAUUGUUGUAGUAGUCGCAGUGGUGGUUGCAGCAGUAAUAACAGCACUACUACUGUAUAGAAAACUACGAGCCAACCAACGGCAGGCUGGUGGGACCACUGUGGAGGACACAGAGAUGCAACCAACGGAAACUAUUAAGACAGAUGAUUCACCAAUGGAUAACUGCCAGCUGACAGAAUACCACAACAAUAGCUAUAAUUAAUAUAAAAUAUCAGUGUGGAUGACGGAUCACCAGCUCAAGCUGAACCUCGGCAAGACGGAGCUGCUCUUCCUCCCGGGGAAGGACUGCCCGUUCCAUGAUCUCGCCAUCACGGUUGACAACUCCCUUGUCCCCUCCUCCCAGAGUGCUAAGAACCUUGGCGUGAUCCUGGACAACACCCUGUCGUUCUCCACUAACAUCAAGGCGGUGACCCGAUCCUGUAGGUUCAUGCUCUACAACA